CCUUUCGUCUCGAACCUCAUCAAUGAGAAAUAAUUACGCAUCCGAGUCCAGACCCGUUUCACGAGCUACUUCUUACAUUGAAGGUCUUGGCAUUGAGAUUGACGAAAGUAGCCCUUACUAUUGUAAGCAUUGCGGGCAACUUAAAAACAAUUUAGACAGCAUUCUCAACGAUCCAAGAAAUUAUAAAUUACCAACAACGCCCGACGAAAGCCACAGAGAAAAAGAAGAGAAAUCUCACCACAAUUCAGCACCAGAAGGCAGAGGAUGCGGCCGAGGCAAGUUUUCGCGAAAAUCAGUCCAGGGCUAUUUUAGUUAUUCGGAUUCUUCUAACCAUUCCGACGGUAGAAAGAGCACGAGUGAUGGAGAAAGUUUUAUUUCAAGUUCUCCUGCCGAUUCUUUACAAAACUCUGUUUACGAGGAGCCGCCGACAAACAUUUAUUCUUUCGAACUCGCUGAAAGAGAUAGAGCAAUUGCCGCACAA